AUGGCCACUAAUUGUGAAGGCCAGUUUAGUGAUGAUGAAAAUGACGCGGAAACAAAAUCAAGUGAUCCCGACAAUAAUAUUAAAAUAGAUAAAUUAAAACUUGAAAAUGAUUCUUUGUCUGAGGAUUCAUAUAAUGACGACGAGCCUGAUAAUUUUGAAUGGUCAGAAGAAGAAAAUGAAAAUGGAGAAUUUAAAAAUCACAAAUCUCACAUGAAUCCACAAGGAUUGAGUAAUAAAAACAUGAAUUAUCAAUCAGUUGAUAAAUUGUUCACUAAAUUUGUUGGAAAAAUUAAUGUGGACAAAUAUGAUCUGUCUAAUCUUGAUGGAGGAGACAGAAUAAAAAUUAAAGAUAAGUCUGAUCGAGCAACAUGUGAACAAGUAAUGGAUCCCAGAACUAGAAUGAUUCUUUUUAAACUGUUAAAUAGAGGAACGAUUCAGCAAAUUGAUGGUUGUAUUUCUACUGGAAAAGAAGCCAAUGUUUAUCAUGCAAUAGGUAGUAAUAAUGACGAACAUAUUGCAAUCAAAAUUUAUAAAACGUCUAUAUUAAUUUUUAAAGACAGAGACAGGUAUGUGACAGGGGAAUAUAGAUUUAGGCAUGGUUAUUGCAGGCAUAAUCCUAGAAAAAUGGUUCGAACAUGGGCUGAAAAAGAAAUGAGAAAUUUAGUGAGACUUCACUCUGCUGGAUUGCCAGUUCCAGAACCGAAACUCCUGAAAAGUCAUGUAUUACUCAUGACAUUUCUAGGAAAAGAUGGCUGGCCAGCGAAGAAACUCAAAGAUGUGGAUAUUUCAACAUCGAAAGCUUGUCAAUUGUACAGAGAUUGUGUUUUAAUGAUUUGGAAAAUGUACAAUAUAUGUAAAUUGAUUCAUGCCGAUCUUAGUGAAUUUAAUAUGCUGUAUCAUAAUAACCAACUGUAUUUAAUAGAUGUUUCUCAAUCUGUUGAAAAAAAUCAUCCUCAUGCUUUGGAAUUUUUAAUGUCUGACUGCACUAAUGUAACUGAAUAUUUUCGAAAAAAAGAUGUAGGAACACUUACAGUUAAAAAAUUAUUUAGUUUUGUCACAGAUAUGUCAGUUACAGAAAAAAAUGUUGAAGAAAUUUUAGAUAGACUACAGCAAGAAGUAUUUGAAAAUCCUCCAACAGCUGAAGAAUUAUUAAACGAUGAAAUUUUUAAGAAAACGUACAAACCUCAAAAUCUUUACGAAGUAAUCGACUUUGAAAAAGAUAUCGAACAAGUAAAAGCUGGAAAAAAAGAUGAAGCAUAUAAAAAAAUGUUAGGACUUCACUGUAAAAAAACAACUUCUGAUGAUGAAGAAAACGAUGAUGAUGAUGAUGAUGAUAUUGAAGAAACGAGUAACAGUUCAGACGACAAAAGCAGUGACAAUGAAGCAGAAGAAUCUAAAAGUAAAUUUGUAAAUAGUCGAAGGCCAAAAGAUGAAACGCCUGAGAGUAGAAAUUUGAGAAAAAAAGCGGUAAAAGAACAACAGGCUGAGAAGAGAAAAACUAAAAUAAAAAAACAUGUUAAAAAAAGAAAGGAAAAAGCAUCGAAAAAAUAA